CCAUGUGUGGGAAGGUACAGUGCACUAACGUAAACACCAACAACCCUCCUCCUGGAGGCUCGGUCAGUAACCAGAUCAUCGAUGGUUCUUCGUGUGUCAACGCAGACUUUAACCUGGGCUCUGAUGUUCUGGACCCUGCCUAUGUCAAGCAGGGCAGCCCCUGCACGAAGGGGAAGGCCUGCCUUGACUUCCAGUGUGUGAAUGCCUCCGCUCUACUGCCUGUGGACCUCCAAUGUGAUGCCAACAACACAUGUAACAGCCGGGGGGUGUGUAACAACCAGGGCCACUGCCACUGUAAUGACGGCUGGGGACCUCCUAACUGUGCCAAGUCAGGGAGAGGGGGCAGUGUGGACAGCGGGCCUGCACAGAUAGAUUAUUCCCUGAGGGACGGCCUGCUGAUCUUCUUCCUGCUGGUGGUUCCCAUCCUGGUGCUGCUGGUGUUAGUACUGCUCUAUGUGUUCAGAAGGGAUACCCUGGAAAGAUGCCUCAAAGGACCACGCUCCAGACGCUCUAGGUCAGGAAACACAGCAAAUGGCCAAGCGAAUGGCAAUGCCCCAAAACAACCAACUACACAACCUCCAGCAACACAGGCCCCACCCCCUCAGCCAAUGCCUACAUAUCCACCAUCCUCUACAUCAGGACCCAGGUAUGGAGAAAACAACAAUUGGAACCAACCUCCUGCCUCCCAGCCACCUCUCCCCCAGCAAGGCCCAGGUGUUCCCAAACCCAUCCCUCCUAAGCAUUAACCCUGACAGGAACACCCCUUCGAACAUAAUGGGGGGCUCUUCCUUUAUUCGUUAUUGUAAAUUUAAUAUUUUGUAUUUUACUCACAUUUGUAUGUUCGUUUGUGGAUAUCUAAAAAAUAAUAAUAAUUUAAAAAACAUUUUAUUGCAGGAACAUGAUUUGGUGACAGGGACUUUUUAAAGAUAUUGCUUUUUACAUUAUUACUAUGGAAAUGAAGGUAACAUAUUUUGUAAUAUACAUAUUGUUGAUAUUGUUCAGUUCCAGAAAGGCUCCAUUUAUUUUAUGAGCGGUUUACAAGAUUUUUAAAAAAUAUUUAAAUGUUACUCAUAAUAAAUAUUGAAUAUAAUA